AUGCCUACUAUCUUGGGUCGCGAAGUUGGCCCUAUUGGCUACGGCCUUAUGUCUUUGACAUUGGGCGCCCCAGCUAAUCUUCCUUCAGAAGAGCAAGCAUUCGAAGCGCUGCGGGCCGCUGCAGAUCUCGGGUGCCUAGUCUGGAAUGGGGGAGAGUUCUACGGCGCGCCGAGCUACAACUCGCUUGUACUUCUUAACCGUUUCUUUGAAGCGUAUCCUGAAUAUGCCGACAAGGUAGUCCUCAAUAUCAAAGGCUCCAUGAAGCCCAAUUGGACACCCGACGGCACCCCUGACAAUAUAAAACAAAGCGUGGAGAAUUGCGUCAAGUUGCUCGGGUCCAAAGCCCGCAUUCAUAUGUUUGAGUGCGCCCGACGAGACAAAAACGUACCGCUGGAGACGCAGAUUGGAACGCUCAAAGCCCUUGUCGAAGAAGGCAAGAUCGAGACCGUUGCCUUGAGCGAGGUGAAUGCGAACACGAUCCGUGAAGCGGCCAAAUUAGUCAAGAUCUCCGCUGUGGAGGUCGAGUUAUCUGUCUGGAACACCGCGCCCUUGAACAACGGCAUAGUUCAGGCCUGCGCUGACCUUGACAUCCCAAUCUUGGCCGCUAUGCUUACGGGCAAACUGCGGUCCCCGGCCGAUCUAGCUGAAGGUGAUCAUCGAAAAAUGUUCCCAAAAUACCAGGACGGCAAUUUCCAGGAGAAUUUCAAGCUCGUGAACGAACUGGAGAAGGUCGCUUCUGAAAAGGGUUAUACGGUGGGCCAAGUAGCUCUAGGGUGGCUGGUCGCACUCUCACGUCGACCGGACAUGCCCACCAUAAUUCCCAUUCCUGGUAGCAGUAAGUCGGGGUCUUUGGAUAUUUUUUUUCGGGCGAGAUUUAUGCUAAUCAUUGACCCCAGAGUCUGUCGAACACGUUCGGGAAAAUGCUGUUGUCGUGGACUUGUCGGACGCAGAGAUGAACCGUAUUGA